ACCCCAUGUCGAGUCAUAUCAAGCAUAAUACCGCAGCCACACUAGUGAAACAAAGACCACAUCAAACAUAACCCAUUGUAUUGUAAGGAGUAAAUAAUGGACGGGAUAAUCGAUUGGACUGUCAUAGGAUUUGCGGUGUGACUGCGCGGUGAUUGGUCUUUAUUAGUCACGUCGAGACAUUCAUUGUUUUUCCCGGUCAUUGUCUCAUUUGCUUACUGGAAGCCAGACUUGAAGUACAAAGCAUCGGACGGUGAAGUGAUCUAAAACUGGAUGAAGAAAGAUCAUUCGGAUUUCCUACAUUACCAGACAUACACCAGGCUUCUGAUAAUACUCUAAAGUGCUGUGCUAUAGUAACUUGAUCAUGAUACUUGAAAGCGUAUACUGACUGGAAUAUAUAUAUAUAAAACAGGCGGUAAGCGAAGGAUGCAUGCAUCCAUCCCCGCAAUGGAGAGCUCAUAGUACAUUGUGAAGUCUACGCCAUUUUGUGAAACGAUAAAGGUUGACCCAUCAAUGAGGAAGAAAGACUAACCAAUCUCUCAAGAUGUAUAGCUUCAAUUAUAUCCUACUCCUCGGUUCAAUAUUCCUUCUAAAUCUCGUUACUCUUUCAUACGGACAAACACCAGAUGAAGAGCAAGACGAUGGAGCCACGACCAGGAAAAGACCCAUCCUCAGAAAAAUCAUAAUUUUAGUUGGUCUUGCGAUUGGUUUUGCUGCUCUAUGUUGGGCUUUACAUAAAGCAUACAAGGCUUGCCGUCGAUGGUCCCAGAAGAGACGUAGGAUGAUAGGACGCAAGGAAUUUGACGCCAUGAUGGCAGACCUGGAAAAACAGGAGAUAAAUUUUAACACGUCAGAUCAAAAAGAUCAAACACAAGAGCCAUCAGAUAGAGCCAAUGGCAAAUAUAUGCCUUUAAACAACGCCAUUCCGGAAGAAGAACCUUUGAUGACUUCUGAUGAUGAGGUAUCUCACGAGAGGGCGUCCCAACAUGUAACAGAAAGUGACUCUAAAAAGACAGAGAAAGGAGAAGCAUCGACGCCACUUUUGAGUGAUGUUCCAUUCGAUCCUUCAGGGACUCAAACACUAAAUUUGAGUGAGCAAGUCGUUGGAGAAAAUGACCUUGAGUCCUCAACCUCAAGGCCACAAGGAGAAAGAGAAACACAAGCUUAGUGGAAAAGGCUGUAAAUGGUUGCCAAAAUGUGAAAUCAACAGAAAAAUAGAAACAGAAAAGAAACAUUUCACGAUUUUCAUACCCGACCAGAUGCAUAUCGAUUGGUGUUAUAUUUUGUUAUACUUUAUUCCACCGUGCCACAUUACUUCAGUACAAAUUAGAUCCCAGGAAGUAAUUCUUUUACUGGACAACUCUUGUGUACUAUUUGAUUGACUUAUAUUUUGGACAAUGUUAAACUAACCAGAUUUUAGGAUGAGAACUUUGCCACACAAACUGGCAAAUUAUAUUAGUACCUUGAAACAGCGCUUUUGCUGGAAGAAAAGAUCUGUCUGAAAGCAAAGAAAUCACGUGUGGAUGAUCAUAUAAAUCUAUUAUAUUUUCAUAUUGUCAUUUGUAUGUAUAAUGUGACAGAACUCAGUCCCUCCCCAUCAUAGUACUCUUUCAAUCAAGCCACAUCGUAUUUUGCACUUUAUAAGAAACACUUGAUGCACUUAAUAGAAACGGUCCGAUCAUAAUUUUGAAACCAUCUCAGUUAUCUGAAUAUUGGGAUCGUCGCAGAAAGAAAGAAAUCACGUGUGCGAGCUUCUGAUUGCUUCAAAAAUCAAGUUUCCUUGAUUUUUGUAAGAGGUGUGGUCAAUUACAGCUCUAUUAGGCAUUAGCAACUGACACCAUAUACGAUCAUUUAAUCCAAAUAUGUCUAUAAGAUGUACACUUGUAAAGAGAAAGUCUAAAAAGAGUAUCAAAAUUUGAGAAUAUAGGCCUAGCUGCUGUAAGAUGAUGUUCAGACUUAUCCACAACUAUAUUCUUUAUUGUAAUAAUUCUCUUCUAAAAAGUAUUGGAAUGCAAUUUAAAUUGAUGCAUGGGGGAAACACAAGCAGUGAUGGAAUUUUUCACACAAAAAAAAACCUUAUCUCACAAAAAACGACAAACACAAUUAUACACGAUUACUGGUGUUAGUAUGUAGCCAAAACUGAAACAGUAUUAUCUUGAAAAUUGAAUUAAUCUAGUACUGGCUAAAAGUGGCCAUGGUCAUAAUAAGGAGGUGUUUAUAACUCUAGUAAUUUCUCUAGAACAAAAUAUGUCCUAAAAAUGGUACUUAUUUGUAGUUAGUAAUGUCUUUGGAGGAGAAUAUUAAGUUGUUGAAUCGUCACUUGGUGUAACCAAUCCAGUGCCCAGUUCAUCUGAGCAGCUUGGUCUCAAUUCAAUCAUAUUACCCCCCCCCCCCCCUACAUAAAAAGUUUUGGUACCUUUGUCAUCCACUGGUAACACCCUCCUGGAAUCCUAGAUUUUCAUUGGCUGUUAAGUAUUAUAACCAGCAUGGUAGAACAGUAUCGUCUAUCUUAUUAUAGCAGUUUAGUUGAAGUUGCAUGCAGUGAGUAAUAGAGACGAUUAAAAAAACUCUGUAGACGGGUUGAAAAAGACAAUUUGAUCACUGAAACUAAAUAGAUUGAAUACCAAGUGAUACCAAAAUAGUGAUAAGUUCAAUUUUAUAAUAGACUAAAUGGUUUAUCGAUAAAAUAUUGUUGCAUGCAUAUAGACCAUGGAUGAACUGGUGUUCUACCAAAUCGUUAUUAGGACAAUGGUCACAAUUAUGUUUCUCAUUUCAUUCGAAAAUUCAUAUUAUUGUCAUAAUUUAAAAAAGGCUAGAAAUUGCAAAAUCCUUAAAUCUUUGCGAGCAUUCCUUCUUUACUGGCAUUAUGUAAUUGCUUCUAUACCAAAUAUAAUAAUGUGAUCAUGAAGUGUUUUCUCAUCAUUCCUGUCGAAUGUUUUGUAUCAUCUCGUGUGCUUUUCAUCACCGUCAAAAGCAUUUUUCUGACUAAGUGUGAUUGUAUAUAAUGAUUGCCUAAUUAUCAUGCCAUAGAUUAAGUUGAUUACUAAGUAAUUUUUAUAUUUGUAUAUGAUGUGGAAUGUUGAAAUGCAGAAUUUAUUGAAUUUGGAAAUAAAAUUGUCCGAUUUUUCAUUCCAUUG